AUGAGUGAAACGGAUGACACCGAUGUUCUUCUCCUGAUACCUCCGAACUUUUUCCUCGUUCCUAGCUCAGAUUCUGACACUUCAGUACUGGAGUCCUCGCGAACUGUCGUUCACAAACCGGUUUCGUGCACGGCACAAGUCCUAGGCAAACUUGUCAACCAAGUGCAUUCGUUGGAAUCUAGGUUAGAAAGUCUGGAAUUGGACUCUAACAACACCCUGUCCAGCGUCAGUUCGAGAAGAAAAACAUGGGAUUCCGACAGUUUUGAAAACGAUAGAAAAUGUUUCACAUUUCCUCGGAGGCGACGUCGUAAAGUUUUACGAAAAGACAGUGCGAAAGAAAGUUCAAUAACCAGUCUAGAUACAAUAGAUGCCGGUAAAAAAACAAUUCCUAGUUUAAAAUUGGAUAACUUUUGUAAAAAAUCGGUUAAAAUAAAUGACAUGCAAAGUAUGGAUGGUGACAUCAGUAGUAUUGUAUCUACUCCAAGUAAAAAAAAUGAUAAAUUGCUACUGCAUGAAAUUGAUGAAUUUUUAACUAAAGUAGAAUGUUACGAAAGCCCUGAAACCAGAGCAAACGAGGAGACCAUCAGCCCAGAAAAUGUAAUAAAAGCUACUGGUGAUUAUAUGAUAAAUAAGUAUGAUGUUAAAAGCAAUACAGAUGAUGUGGUGUUGCCCAGUGGAAGAACUGUGCCAAGCUCUGUUUUAGAUAAGUACAUAUAUUUAGUCAAAAAUAAUCCAAGUGGCUUGCAAUCUUUCCCAAGGAAUUAUAAAGUUGAACAGGAUUCAACAACAAAAAAUACACAAGAAAAGCAGGAAACAAGGUCUCCCAGUGUUCGCAAAUUAAAUUUCUCUGAAAGCAAAGAUAUUCAGCCGACUUCAACACCAAAAUGUGUGCAAUCAACAAGUACAUAUUCUGAGUCAUUCAAACCUUCAUCCAACAAAAUAUAUGACAGAGCAACUAAAGUUCUAGAACAUUAUAAAUCUCAGAACUACAGCAGGGAUUAUCAAAACUCAUUGACAGAAGAAAGAACUAGAAAAGAAGACUUCAAAAUGCCCCAAAUGAGGCCCUUUGGCUAUGAAAAUAGGGACGCACAUAAAAUGAAUAUUGAUUCAAUAGAUACUGACUUGCUGAGUUUGAGUGAACUUUGGGGAGAGAAAAUGGAAAGGGGAGAAAGGUCUGAUAAUAAUAAAUUGGAAGAGGAAAGGCUAAAGAGAGAGCACUGCGAAGCAAUGAUCCAGCAGUUGCAAAGAAAGAUCCUUGAACAACAAGAGAAGUUAGCCGUUGCGAUAAAAGUCGACAAAGCAAAGGAUACAGCGAUAAGCAAGCUACGAGAUGCCUGGCUCAAGCUCACUGGUAGUCUGGAUAAAGCAGAGGAGAGACACAGGAGUGCGUUGGAAAAGAUGACCCGUGAAGUUGAUAAUUUUAAAGUUGUUGCUGAAGAUGCGCAAAAAAAAACACAUCACUUUGAAUCGGAACUGUACAAAGCUCUCGAUCUCGCGCACGACUAUCAAGAGAAAUGUAAGCAAAUAACCAAUGAAAAGAAGGAACUACAAGAUAACAUGGAACGGCUGGUAGCGAGUAAAGAUGAAGUUAUCAGGAACAAGGAUAAAGAGGUGGAGGUUCUGAAGGAAAAUUAUGAGACGGUGAUGAGGUUGAAUAAGCAGUCUACGGAUUGUGUUAGGAAUCUUGAGGAGGCGUUGGAUAAAGAAAAGCUAGAACACGAGAUGACGAAAGGCAAAGUGAACGAACUGAAUCAGAAAUUACGAUCAAACGAUGAAACCUCAUCCCUAAUACAACAAGAGAAGGACAUUUUAAAGGAGAAAGUGAAUGAAGAGAGAUCCAGAUGCACGGUACUGGAACGGCAGCUGUGUGAUACACAGAAUCAAUUGAGCGAAAUGCUGAGAAGAUGCGACACGCUAGAAAACGAAGCUAAAUCUCUACGCAAGCAUCUAGAACUCCAGAAGACAGAACUCAAGAGUCACUACCAGCAGCAGCUCGAAGAGGCCGUGCUGGGGAAGCUCCACGAGUUCCAACGGCAGCUGGACGCAGCGGAACGGGAUAUGGAAGCUGCUGCCAGGAGCAAGGAGAAUAGUAUAGUGGACGCUUACAAUAAGCAGAUUGUGAGGAUCGAGGAACAGCACAGAUUAGAAGUGAAUGUUCUGGAAGAGAAACAGAGAGAGGAGAUAAAGUUGUGUCGCCUGCAGCUCGCACAGGCCAAUGAGAAGAUUGGACUACUUGAGAGUAAACUCGACACCUACCGUCGUCGUCGCGGUGAGAUAGCUUCCCAACUACACGGUGUGAUGGAGGCACAAUGGCGACAAGCGUUACAGAUACUCACGCAUACACACAGAGCGGGGUCCGAGGGGGAGGGGAGGGAUACAGUAUGCACCCCGCACCCCGACUACACACACAAGGUGCCCCCACUAACGGUGCCAUCUUUAGACAAGUUGCAGCCCCGCAGACAGACGGACAUGCAGUUUGAGGACCUGAGUGAUAGCGAGCUGCAGCAUUAUGUGAAAAUGUUACUAACAAAACCACCAAGCGGUGAAAUGCGAAACCGCGACACAGCAGAACGGCCCACAAGCGAUAGAGACUCGCACGAACGGAGGGAUAGAAAUAAACCGGGAUAUUCCAAACAACCGCCUUGGAAAGCUUAAUUGUAUAGAAGAAAGUAUAUAUUUAUUGCCACAACAAUUUGUAGAAUAUAAAACUUAAAAUCUAUGUAAAGAACAAAAUUAAAAUUAAAAAUGUAUUGCGUUUUUGCGUUACAAUAUACAACUAGAAAAGGUAAAAAUAUGUCAGGGUUGUAUAAAACAUUCAUUCAAAUAAACACCUUAUUUCGAUGCAGUAAUGUUCAAAGUCUUGUAUACGCUUUAUUGAAACUCUGCCUAAUAGACGCAUAGGCAGAGUUUUGUGUCGGACCGUCUUAGGAAUUCAAAUAUUCCACAUUGAUGAAAACAAAUGCCAGCGUCAUUUAUGUGGCUCUUGGUCUAUGAAUUUUACCGCCUUGAAAACUUAAUAAAGUACAAUAAAAUUAAAAUAAUUCCUAAAUAGCAAUAUUUUUGUAGGGUUUAACCCUGUGUGAUUCCGCCCACCGUUGUUAAUUUGAAAUUGUAUCGUCUUAUAAUUGUAUCCUUAAUUUAAAAGUAUUUUAUAUCUGAAAGCAAACAAAUUUUUACAAUAUAGGAAUGUAUAUAAAUGUGUCUUUUUGUAUUAAGUAUGUUCUGUGUGUAAGAGAUAUUUAUGUUUUUGAUAUUUAAGUUUAAUGCAGUCCUUGUCAUUUACAUAAUGUUUAAUAAAUGAAGUUUUUACAAAAAA